GUCCUGAGGCAUCACAUCGCGUCUCGCGUCCAGAAGCUGCAGUCGGCAACAACUGCCCAGUGCCAACGUCCAAUCUCGCCUUUCUUCAGCAUUGUUCCUCCUACGUAUCUUAUUGAAUAUCUUCGACGGGCCUCCAUUCUUUUGUCUGAAUUACUCUCCUGCUGCCCUGAUUACUGAACUCUGCUUGCAACGUUGGAAUUGGACAACUGCAUCUAUGCUCCUUCCGCGAAACCAAUAAACAAAACGGUGCUCGUUUUGUGUCUCGACAAGUGCCACAAUGGGCAUUAAAGGACUUCAUGGGCUUCUCAAGUCCAUCCAGAAGCCGUGUCACUUGAGGAAAUUCAGCGGCGAGACACUCGGAGUUGAUGCGUAUGGAUGGUUGCACCGUGGGACUGUUGCCUGCGCUGUGGACCUGGUCCUGGAUAGACCGACCACCAAGCACAUCGAUUUUGUACUCAACCGUGUGCGCAUGCUUAUCUUCUUCGGUGUUACACCGUAUCUCGUAUUUGAUGGCGAUAAUCUCCCGAGCAAAUCAGGAACUGAAUCCGAAAGACAAAAGAAGCGCGAGGAAAGCAAGGCCCUUGGUUUGGAGCUGUAUAAGAAGGGUCGAGUCGCCGAAGCCUACCAGGAGCUGCAAAAGGCAGUCGACGUGACCCCAUAUAUGGCGCGCCAGCUGAUCGAGGAGCUCAAGAAAAUGAAGGUCGAAUAUGUCGUGGCUCCUUACGAAGCGGACGCGCAGUUGGUAUUUUUGGAAAGACAAGGAAUCAUCAAUGGCAUAAUAUCUGAGGACUCGGACAUGCUUGUAUUCGGCGCACGGAGGCUUUUGUCCAAGCUGGACCAGCAUGGCGACUGCAUCGAGAUCAACCGAGCUGAUUUUGCGGCCUGUAAGGAAGUCAGCUUGGUCGGAUGGACCGAUGCCGACUUUAGACGCAUGUGCAUUCUGAGCGGGUGUGAUUACUUACCCAACAUAUCAAAACUGGGGUUGAAGACAGCCUACCGCAGUAUUCGGAAAUACAAAAAUGUGGAUAAGGCUCUGCGCAUGCUUCAACUGGAAGGGCAAUAUCGUGUCCCGGCGGAUUAUCUAGAAAACUUCAAGCAAGCAGAGCUCACCUUCCUCUACCAAAGGGUGUUUUGUCCAACUGCUGGGAAGCUGGUGACUCUUACUCCGCCCGAAACGGACGUUACACUGGAGAACCUUACAUUUAUUGGAGAUGAUAUGGAUCCAGAUAUCGCCACCGGGGUUGCUCGUGGAGACCUUGAUCCGACCACGAAACAACCGAUCUCGUUGAAGCCACCCAUGACUGGAAAAUGGGUUCCAAGCAUAGGCAGGCGUCAGACAUUCGGUUCAUCGGCUGACCUGAAAUCCAACAAGCCUAUAAGUUCCUUCUUUACUCCUAAGCGAGUGCCUCUGGCAGAGCUCGAUCCAAACAGCCUAACGCCUUCUCCAAGUCAGCAACGUCUCCUUGAACGCCACGCCAACAGUUCAUGGGAGGCCAGCCCUGUGUCGGCCCAACCCAACGUGAUUAGAUCAGCACCAGCUGAUAGGGUGUCAAGUCCGCUACUUGGUGGUUUGGAACGGAAUUCUUCGGCUCAAGCCACUAGAGCCUCUUCGACUUUCUCAUCAGUCAAGCGACCGAGAUUGUGUUCCGAGACAGAGGAGGAGUCCUUGCCAACUAGACCAAACUGUCGAAGCCGGUUCUUCACUCCCACGUCUCAAGGGUCCAGUCCAAGUGGAGAAAAGCUCGCAAGGAGCAAGAAGCAACGCAAAUCCACGUUGGGGGUUUUCUCUGACGAGGCCGCUGAAGAAAUCAUGUCACAGCUUCCGGAUCCCAGUGGAAGGCUUGAAAAUCCGCAAGACGGACCCAGAGUGGGCCAUGAGGCUGAUGCAGAACCACAUAUCAAAGACUGUAAGCCGCCAAGUCCCUCGGAUUUGACUGUGAGACCGGAGGCCCAGGAGGUUCACAAAGAGGAGGUAAGACAGAAGGACGUUCCGCGACUUGCGGAUAUUGACACCGAUCCAAAGGUAUUUCCCCAAGUAUUAGACUGUCGCGUUGAAAGACAGAGUUCUACGUUGCUCUCAAAAUUUGCGUUUCUACCGAAAGGAGCAUCUUCCGGACAAAGAAGCGGCCUUGACCAAAAGAAACCUCAAUUGGAAAACACGACACACGCUAGGACAGUUAGACCAUCUCCAGGUAUACUUAUUCGGCCUCGAGGGAGCUCGCCAAAGCGUCAACGUUUGACCCCUCUGCAACGAUUGGGCCAAAGUGCAUUAUCGCGGUCGCGGUCUAUGUGCCUUCCUACCACGGAUACAUUUGGAAGUUCAUCGAGCCAUGACAUCACAGGAGGAAUGAGUCUACGCUCUGAUAUAAUGAACACAGUUGCUCAUCAGGGCAGCGAGGAUUUGCUAAUCCCGAAUAGUGACGAGGAUGAUCCGGAUCACCAGAGCAGCGACGAGAAGCGAGAGCCUGUGAGGCUGGACCUCAAGAAGUUUUCUUUUGCUGCAUGAUAGAGCACUUCUGGAUAUUAUACCUAGAUGUAUUUAUUAGUUAUUCUCAUUUCAGGACACCACGGUGUUGGGAACUUGUUUGGGUGGGUGCCGGUUUGGUUUCUUCUCGCCAGGUUUGCUUUAUAAGACGGUUAUUGGCGUUUCUUUCAGGGAUUGGACGGUGUUUUGCGGAGCGAGAUGCCAUCGGCAUUGGUAUAUGUUAUUGGUACAUGUUGUAUUGGUGUAUACUGCAGCAUUUAAUAUAUAGGACGUUGCAUUUGAAUGAGGACAGAUGACAAG